AUGGCAGGAGGCCCCCCUAGCAUCAAGGAGGAGAUGGAAAUGUCUAUGGCCGAAGAACUGGCUCCUGGAAGCCGUGGGCAAGGCCAAGAGCACCUGGUGAUAGCAGAAAUAAUGGAGUGUGGGUCCCGGUCCCUGGGUACCUCUCAGCGGCAACAGAAGUUGGGUCCAAAGGCUGCUGGCUCUGCUACAGGCCAAUUGGUUUGGAAUAUGACUGCCACCCAGCCCAAGAAAGGGGGGCACCAGCUGCCAAUGCCCAGAAUGUCGAGAGAACCAGGCCAUGGUGAUGCCCAUCCUCAGGAGUACCCUGGUGGCUUCCGAGGCAUGAGAUUCCAUUAUGAGCGCAACCCAGAGGCAGAUAUGAUCACAGAGAUUGGCCUGGAAGAGCUAAAUGGACUGGAGAUGGAAGUCAUGAGAAGACAGCUGCGUGUGAUCACCGAGCGUCUGUGUGCCCUGGAGGACCAGGGCACCACCUGGCGCCAAAGGGAAGCUCUAUUCUUCACCAUGAUGGUGUCGGCCUGCAUUGCCAACCUGUGGCUGUGGAUGCGCCAGUGA